AUGACUGAUGUUACUGCACCCACUGUGUCUGGUGCUUUCCAGUUGGUUUACUCUCCUUCAGCAAACAAAAGGAACGUAUACGAUCGAUAUGGAAAAGAAGGCUUAACUCCAGGUGGAGGUGGAGGAGGAGGAAGAGGACACUUUAAUAAUGACCACUUUUUCACAUUCCGCAAUCCAGAUGAUGUUUUCAGGGAAUUCUUUGGUGGACAAGAUCCAUUUGCAGAAUUCUUUGGUGGAGAUCCAUUUGACAAUGACUUCUUUGGUGGCGGUCGACGUCACCACCACCACCACCAGCGGGGCAUGAGCAGGAGCCGGACAGGAGGCUCCUUCUUUGGGGGCUUUGGGGGAUUCCCUCCUUUUGGAGCAGGAUUUUCAUCUUUUGAUGCAGGUUUCUCUCCCUUUGGGCAUAUGGGAGGAGGUGGAUUUACUUCUUUCUCUUCAUCUUCAUUUGGUGGAGGGGGAGGGGGAGGCGGCGGCGGCGGUGGUGGUGGUGGUGGUGGAGGUGGAGGUGGAGGUGGAGGUGGAGGUGGAGGUGGAAGCAUGGGCAGCUUCCGCUCUGUGUCAACCUCCACUAAAUUCAUCAAUGGCAGGAAAAUCACUACAAAAAGAAUCAUCGAGAAUGGCCAGGAACGUGUAGAAGUGGAAGAAGAUGGACAGUUAAAAUCUAUAACCGUAAAUGGAAAAGCCCAGGAGAUAGGCAUGCUGGAGGGUCACAGACAGAGGAAGGAGCUCCCUGACUCCUCUUCCUCGUCCUCCUCCUCACAUUCUGCAAGGCACUCAGCUCAGAGAGAGGAGCAAAAUAAAACUACAGGCAAAGAGCAAACUGGAGUCAAGAGGAAGAGAAUGACGGUGAAGGGAGAGACCAAAAAGGCCAAAGAGUCCUAAAUUUGUCUCUGCAUCUAAACUCAUAGGACUGAUAGUCUGACAUACCGUAGCUGUGGAUAUUCUGUGUUGAGGUUGGAAAAACUCGCUAGCAAUUUUUGUUGUUGUUGUUUGUUAUUUUUUUAGAUGCAAAGGUCAAAUUUAUUAUUUUAAGUUUUUUAUGCCGAUACUAAUCGAUAACAAAUAGUAAAUCAUCUGCUCUGAAGAACUGUGACUGAUACGUAAAUAAAAAAAAAACAAUGAAAAUGAAUAGUUUUAAUGAGAAUCUGUGCAAGCAAGCAUUUCUCAUUCACAUGAUCCACACAAUUUAUUAAUAAACAAACACAACCAAUGUACAAUGAUUUUCAGUAAUAAAACAGGUCUUGCCUUUG